GCGAAAGUAGUUCGUUUAAAUCCGUCCCCCCACCACCUAAAAAUGUUUUAACAGCUAACUUCACUUUUAUUAACCACAGCAACGUUUCCCUCUAGCCCUCUAGUAAACGAAAAAAGAUUCAGUUUCACUUAGAAGCGACUCCAAUCCAAGUUAAUUGUUAUUACCACAAGGAACCUCAUUAUCUGACGAACGUUCGUCUGAUACGUGUGUACAAACUCCCAGAUGUCUUGGACGUAUAAAAUAAAAUCGAGUUUCGGCAUGCUCGGCAUGGUGUUGAUGUAGUAAUAAUUUCAAACCGUAGACACCGUAGACCGUUGCCGAAUUUUAUUAUUUUUUUUUCAUAAGACUACUCACCACCGGAUAUCGUGCUAAUUUAACUUGGCCCAUCACAACGUGGGACUUGGAGGAAAAAAAAAUAAUAAAAUUAUUUUUAUAAAUCCCAUCAUCAGCCUGACUUUAACAAGAACCAGACAACGUGACAUCGUGACUAUUAUUUAUUUAAAUUUUUAACCAACAAAUAUUUAUUUAUUUCAAAAAUAAAAAUGGAGCAAAAAAGAGUCUACAAGGUCGUCUUAACUGGAGGCCCAUGCGGAGGCAAAACCACUGGACAAGCAAGACUUUGUACAUUUUUUGAAAAUAUGGGAUGGAAGGUGUUCCGUGUCCCCGAGACAGCGACCGUGCUGCUCAGUGGCGGCGUCAAGUUCUCCGACUUGACAGAAGAAGACAAUUUGAGUGGAAAGAGAGACAAGUGGAAUUGGAGAAAACAAAAAAGCCAAACGGUGAUUGAGCGUCCAUUCGUAGCCCAGCUAGAUAACAAACUCACCAAAAAUUGGAGCACGAGUUAUGAUGAGGAGAAAAAAAAACUUAAGUGGUCAGAGAUUCUCAAGGUCGGGUUUUACGAGGGCUUGAAGUUUCAAGAAAAUCUUUUGAAGACGAUGAUCCAAAUUGAGAAUACAUUUUUCUCAUUGGGUGAAAGCUGCAAUAGAAAUUGCCUUAUUAUCUGUGAUCGUGGAGCCAUGGAUGCUUCAGCAUUUAUCUCAAAGGAAAAAUGGGACCUGAUGCUAGCCACAAACGGGUGGAAUAACGUCGAGCUUCGAGACAAUCGUUAUGACCAGAUAAUCCACAUGGUAUCAGCGGCAAACGGCGCUGAAGAUUUUUACUCAACUGAAGAUCAUGCUUGUCGUUCAGAAGGAGUCGAGCUGGCUCGCGAAUUGGACUACAAAGCAGCAGCUGCAUGGGUCGGGCACCCAUACUUUGACGUGAUUGACAAUUCACAGGAUUUCGAGUCUAAAAUAUGCCGCAUGAUUGAGUGUAUCUGCCAGAAACUUUGUAUCGAUACUGGUGAUAGAUUACGUGCUAGUAGUCGAAAAGUUAAGUUUCUUGUCAAAGGACCAUUGCCAUCAGACGCUGAAUUUCCACCCUUUCAAGACUUUGAUGUCGUACACAACUACCUCCAGAGUAGAAUGCCUAGCAUGCAGGCGCGUUUGAGAAAACGUGGACAAAAAGGUCACUGGUCGUAUAUACAUACAAUAAGACGACCAAAAAUGUGCGGACAAGUUGUUGAAGUCAAAACACCUUUAACACAUCGUGAUUAUUUAAAUAUGCUAGCUCAACGUGAUGAUGCGCAUUUUACAAUCUUCAAGCGCAGACGGUGUUUUUUAAUUAAUAACCAGUAUUUUCAAUUGGACAUCUACCGAGAACCUGGACAUCCACGAUGCCGUGGAUUGAUGUUACUGGAAACAUACACAGCUUUAACAGGAGAUGGACUAAAAAAUAUACUACCAAACUUUUUGGCCAUUGAGCAAGAUGUGACAGGUAAUCCUGACUACAGUAUGUUCAACCUGAGCUUGCGGGAAGAGUGGAACACAACUGGAAGUAAAUACUGUCACAAUUUACACAAUUACGCUCUUGCAGGCAUGGUGAAAGGUGCUUCAACACAAGAAAUAAAACGAGAUACCUGCGAGGCAGUGGCUGCCUCUCCUAAAAAACAUAUUAACGGAGUGAUGGGUUGUAGGGCUAACGGUAAUGAUGCAAACGGUUACGAAAACGGAUUAGGCUACGUGCGAAACGGUGUCAACGGUACAAAUACUUCGAAUGGUAUUGAUAAAAGUAUUGGUGAUCAUUUCAAUAAGAUUAAUAAUAUUAUUAAUGACAAGGGUAUUCAUAAAGUUAAUGAGUAUUCUGUUUGCGAUAGUUUUAACGAUAAAUUUGAUAUCAGUUCUGUUGAUGCUAUUUCUACUUCUUCCUCAGCAUCUCCUGGUAUUGAUAAGUGUAAAAAUAAUACGCACGAUAAUGCAAUUAAAAUUAAAUAAUCAUUGUCACUUAAAUUAUCACUCUCAUUUUCAUUUUGAUUUAUAUACACUUUAAUAUUAUUAUACAUGAAUAUAUAAUUUUUUUUUUUUUU